AUGAGAUCAAGGCUACUGGGGAUGAGGAGGGAGCUGAUGGGAAGGACAGAGAUGUUGUUGUUGCCAAUUAAGAUUUCGAUCGGGGACAGCGACAUGGCAUUGGAGUCGGAGGCGAGGGAGCGGAACGUGACGGUGUCGGAGGCCGUUUCCACAAACGAAUCCAGGGUACAAUAUACGUUCAAAUUUACAAAGUACUUAAAUGCAUACGUGCUUGUGUAUAUAGGAGUUAGUGACAAAGAUAAGAUAAUAUGCAACGUGGAUGAAAAGGAUAUAGCAGAAAAUCUAAGGAAAAGACUGAAAAAUGAUCAAGAAGAGAUGGAAGACAAGAGAAGAUACAAAACACAUGCCCACCUUUACACUAUUAUCAAGGUUGCUCGAGAUGUGGAUUUGAAGUAUUUUGAACUUGUUGAUCAUGACAAAGUCUGUAGCUUUCAAUUCCAGAAGCAUAUACCUUUUAACCAAUUCAAGAGAGACCAGCGGCCUAAAGUGUCAGACAACGCAAAGGAUCUCGUUAAGAAAAUGCUCAAUCCAAAUGUCGGGCGACGUCCCACUGCCCAACAAGACCUUGAGCACCCACGGCUGCAGAAUGUAAAUAAGGCCCCUAAUGUUUCACUGAAUGAGAUUGUGUUUUGUUAG